GCGCUUUGCUUUUAGUCGCGUCGCGGUGCGCGCGCGUGCGUCGCGAUUUAUUACACGCCGCCGAUGACGAGCGGGAAUCAAAUGCGCCCUGUCCGAUGCGAAAGAUAUUUUGGAAAAGAUGUUUGGAAUAUUUUCGAAAAAUAUUAUUAGAAAAUAUUUGUUCAGUUCGCGAAUAUAAUAGACGGAUUCGUGAAACGUUCGAAGGGAAAGUUUGGAACUCUUCUUCCGUCUGCCGAGACAAAUUUAAUCAGUGCACGUCCAAAUAUUGUGAAAAGAUAUUUUUGCAAUUUUUCGAGCCAAGUGUAUUAAUCAGUGUCACUUCGAAUAGUGCUAACGCAUUUUUUCUAUGCUAACUAAAUCAAUCAGUGUCAUGUUCGAACAGAUGGUUUUUUUACCUACUCAUGCGAAUGGAGCGCAGUCAAAGUGUAAAACUUUUUCUAAUUUGCGAGGCUAAAAUGUGCCAACUAGUGUAGUGUUGAAGAAAUGUUACAUUACUUUUAUUAUCUAAUCCAUCAAUAUUAAGAUUAAAACAGUGAUUUGAUGUUCGAAGAAUUUUUGAAGACUUUUCAGAAAGAACGCAGAUUUCAAAAUUGUGAGAUUUUUUAAGGUCUUAAGAGGCGGCCAUUUGGGGCACGAGAGGGUAAAAUCGAGCCGGGUUCCCGGAAGGGCGAGGGGUCGCCGACCCCGGGAGCUGCUGGUAGUCGAGUGGUCGUGGGAGAACCUGAAAGGAACAAGGCGGGAGCGCGGCGUUCACCUUCUGACGAGAUUUCGCUUAUCACGAAGGGGGGCACUCGAGGGCUAAUUUUAAGCUCUUUCUCGCGCAGCGGCGAGAAGCUCGCGCGAGGGUACGUCUUCUCCGGUCACUGUAAUGAUCAGCGAUCAUGGCGCGGCUGGUAGCGACGACCCUGACGAGUCUCCUGGUGCUGCUGCUGAUGACGAUCACGGCGAACGCCUUCUCGUCCGGGAUCAUCGCGACCACGCGAGCGCCCUUCGGCAGGAUCCUCAAAGCCGUCAAGCUGCACGGGGGAUAUAUGGAGGUGAUCAAGGAGCAAAGAUGCUCCCGCGAGCUGCUGCGAUUAACGUGCAGAUCAUUGAGAGCAUUCAUUCUCAUCUUGGAAGCGGAAUUCCGCGCAAAUCGUACAGAGUUCUGUUUCAAGGAAUCGAAAUACUUAGAAAAGUUCAAGAAGCAAAUAGACAAAGGUAGCAUUCAACAAAAGAUAAAAAAACAUCAAUACAGAGGAAACUACAUCUUGGAUGACGAGGACAUUACACCGGAUAUCGUCGACAUUAGAUCAUCCUUAAAUCGAAGAUGCUCCGGGCAGAAACAUUGCCGCUAUAAUAUGACUAUUGAAUAUCCGAGAGCACACUUCUGGAAUCCAGGUGGAAUACUCUUGAAAUACGCUUGCGUACCGGAAGCUGCGGUUAAGCGAUACUGCAAUCAAGAGGUGAAGGUAACCACCGACGUAGGAGGCUACAUCAACACGCCAGGCUACCCGCUGUUCUACCUCGGAGACAACACGUGCGGAUGGACCUUCACGACGUUUCCGGGUCAAAGAAUAGUUCUGACCUUUCAUGACCUAAAUAUCUGCGGUCCGAUGGCGGACGGGAGCUGCGUGGACAUUGUGAGGGUGAAGGAUAACGACACCACCCUUUUCGAGUUCUGCGGCACCGCGGUGGGCGUCCGGGUCGUCUCCAUUUCGAACAAGCUGACCCUCGACUUGGUCGCUUCAGCGAGAUUCAACAGCGCCCGUGGUUUUUUGCUGCAGUAUCAAGUAUUACGCAGCUGUCCAAAGGUCGCGACGCCGAAUGGCAGUUACGUGUCGAACGGUACAUUGACUUCGCGGACAUUCCUAUGCAAGCCGGGCAGCGUGUUUUCCGAUAGCGGCGAGCGAAAAAGAACGCUCGAGUGCAGAAACGGCAAGUGGAACGACACUAUCGCCAGACUACCUACUUGUGUAGCUACGUCGGCGGUAAUCGUAAAGGCGGAGACCGAUACCCGUCAUCUGGCGAGUCUGUCCGGAGACGGCACGGGGGUGAGAAUAGGACGCGGUGAGGACGCAGUCGCGAGUGGCAGCAGCAUCAGCCCUGUUAUGGAUUCGGCGCAAUCGUCCAUGAUGAAGCAAGCGGACUACGUCGUAGACGUUGUGCUGCCAACGGUCCUAAUUGCUUUGCUGUUCGUCGGCAAUGCGAUCAUCGUUUAUAUCAUCUUCCAAUAUAGAAAGAGAAAACUUCCAACGACACAGGGCGAGGAGAUGGCCCUUCGGGGUCCGACCGACGUGCCCCAAGUGUGAUUCCAGAGGCCCGAGCUAAUCGCACACGUGGUCGUCGGUACCAUCGAGAAGUCGUCAUUGAUGUCCGAGCCCAUUACGGCUACCGAGUCCACGUGGAAGACGGAGAUCGUCGCGAAGAUGCCACCAUCAGAUCGAAAAGACCUAAGAGACUCUCAAGCUCUCGCGACGAUUCUGUGCAAUUAGCUGAAAAAUUGCCGCACUCGGAAAGAGCGGAAAAACGCUUUUCUCCUUCAUGAAAAUUCUAUGGCGGUGUUCUUAUCGCGCAUAAUGUAGCUCUGCUUAAAUCUGAGAACUCUUCGCAUUACCUAAAAGAAUGAGAUACAAAAUCAUAUAACUAUAUUGAAAGGUAAAAAGUGCGCGGAGAAAUUCCAGACAGCUCUGUACUUUUCUGACUAAAUGUAUACUUGAUCGCCUCGCGUUUACAACGAACGCAUCUUCAAAUCGCGUUCGGAAAUUUAUUCAAGAGUAAUGUUGAGGAAUAAUAAUUGUCUUUUGGAACAAAAUACGUUGCCAAAAAAGACCCGAUGUUCCCAGGCGUUUUAAAUAUGAACAGACUAUUAUCGGUUCGAUACUGUACAACUCAUGAGCCUAUUACGUCAUGACCUUACAUACACUCACUUACUCUGUAUUAUAAUGUAAGGAAAUAAUAUAUUCUAUACUUCGUCCAGAUUGUGAAUAAGUUAAAAAAUAAAUCAAUGUUUUUUCUUAA